AUGGUGAAAGAAUUCUCUGAUUACUUUCCAGGACUUUCACAGCCCUUCUCCAUAUGCAAUAGUCCGGUCAACGCAACUGCAGGAAAUGUUUACGUUGCUGCAUCUGAAUUUUCUCUCUUAAAUGCGGGUGAAACUUCAUCCGGUGGUGCAAUUAACAUUAUAAAUUCCGUACGAAUUGCUAUAACUCUUUCAAAGUUUACCCGAUGCAGGUCUGGAAGAGCUGGUGGCGCAAUUUUCGUUGAUCCUCUUGGCAAGGAUAAUGGCCUUUACAUUGAAAAAUGCAUUGGCUCGCUAUGUUAUACAUACUCAUCAGACCCUAAUGUCAGUUUUUACCAUCAAGGACAGUGGGCUAUGGCAAUUACAAAUUCUGAUAGCUGUAUCAACACAAUAACACACUGCUCCAUCGAACAAUGCGCGCCUUAUAAUAACUUCACUAACCAACGUCCUAUUGCAGCAGUUAAUGGCCAUAUUGAUCUCAAUAACCUUAAUAUUUCAAAUUGUGUCUCUGCAUACUGUGGAGGCUUCUAUGUAGAUAGUGGGUUUGACAAAGUUUCCAAUGUAAUGCUUGCAAACUGCAUUGUUGAAAAGUAUGCAUUAAUUGAAAUCAAAAACUGCACAGGCAAGUUCCACAAUGUUUUACUUCUUGGUAUCCAACAGAAUACAAAUGCAACAAUCAUUGAAUCAUAUCCAUUGCUUAUCAUUUUCCAAAGUAAUUUGAUUUUCGACUUUUUAAACGUUGUUAACUGCACAUCUAACGAUCCAAGCUUACUAAGAGUUAAUACACAAGAUGGAAACUCUACAAUUUUCUUCAAUAACUCAUACGUCCAAGGCAAUUUAUCAAUUGAAGGUUUUACAUCCUAUUAUCCACAUUUACAUCCAUUAGUAAUCGAUUUCAACUUGUUCAACGAAGAACAAAGACAAUUCGAAAAACUUGACUACCCUAGCCCAGGUGGUGGAAAUGGAGGAUUAAUUGCAGGAAUAAUAAUCGGUCUAUUGAUCGUCAUUGCAAUUGUCUGUGUCGUCGUUUUCUUCAUCAUGAAGAAGAAGAAGGAUUCACAAGAAAAAGAGUCAAAUGAUGACCAAGUUCAUGAGGAUGCAUCAAUGGAAGAAGCUGUUGGAGUUUAA